AUGUCCCCCAACCACCCAACCUCAACCCUCGAUCUCAUACACCAGCUCUGGGCGCAAGCCUCCCUACCCCCCUCCAUCCUACGCAACACCAUCAACGCAGGACAUAUCAUUCUCCCCCACGAGCCUUCUUUGCAUGGACAGGCGAUUCGAAGUUCUUUCCAGCUAACAGCAGUUGCACAGGCAGCUGCAAGUGUUGUUGCUCUCACUCACUCCCUGUAUAUCCGUCUUUUGCAGUUGAGUUCGGAUGAGGUUACAGAGGAGAUAGUGGAGGGGGUUGUCUUGGAUCGGGUAGAAGUGGAUGCGAGGCAUGCUAUAGCAGAAUACUUUGGUUGGACUCGACUCGCACCCCACUCGUCCUCUGCAGUGGGUACGCAGGAGAACUUGGCUAAUUCAAUACCGACAGAUAGUUCAGAGGGGAGAAAGGUCUUAGGGAUCUCUCCAGAUGCUGUUGCCGAUUGGGACGAUCUAGCGGGGUUGUACGAAACAAAACCAGGUGGGAGGGGGAUAAAGGGGGUUGUGAGGAUUCAUACCAAUUUCCCGCAUCACAAGCUCGGAAUCCUCCAACUCCUUGGUCUCCUACCUCCUGAGAUACGAUGGAAUGAUGAAGGGAUACAGAGAGUUUUUGAGCGGGUUAGGAAGGAAGAUAUACAGAGAAGAGUGAAGAAUUGGGAUGCGUUCGAGUUCGAGGCUGCUGCUCAGGGAAGGGGGCUUUGUGUUACUGCGUAUAGGAGCAGGGAUGAGUGGAUGGGGAGUGCGAUGGGCAAGGUGUUGCGGAACUGGAUGGAGGAGAAUGUUGAUAGCAGUGCGUUCCGGAUUUCAAGAAUCGCGUCCGGAGACUGCUUAGAGCAAAAGAGAGAAAAGGGAAGGGGAAGGGGGAGGGGAAGGUUGAAGGUGAUAGAUAUGUCCAGAGUCAUAGCUGGGCCGGUAGCAACCCGCUCUCUAGCCGCGCUCGGAGCAGAUGUUCUCCUCAUCUCAUCUCCGCAUCUUCCGAACCUACCAUUACGAGAAGUAGACACCGCUCGGGGAAAGAGGACUACUUUCCUCCACCUCGCUACCUCCUCCUCUGAGCUUCCUCCAGAACUCAUCUCCCUGAUCGAGCAAGCGGAUGUAUUUUCACAAGCAUACCGCCCAGCCUCCCUCGCCAGCAAAGGUUUAACUCCGGAAAAGUUGCAACAGCUCAGACCAGGGAUCAUAUACGCCGAGCUGUGCGCCUUCGGUUUCACCGGUCCCUGGUCCGAUCGGAGAGCGUAUGAUUCUCUCACGCAGACAGCUGUGGGAAUGAACUAUCUCGAAUCUACACACUACUCAGACUAUCUCGGGAAAAAAGAGGAAGAGGAGCGUGUGGAACCAAAGCCGUUACCAGUGCAAGCGUUAGAUUAUGUUGCAGGGAGUUUAAUGUGUUUUGCGACCUUAAGCGCGAAAUGUAGAGCGAUGUUGGAGGGGGAUGAAGGAGUGGGAUGGAAAGUUCAGGUUAGUUUGGCUAGUGUUGCGGAAUGGAUUAUCUCCCUGGGGCAGCUGGAGGGGAUGGAGGCUUGGGAGGAGCCGCCGGAAAGAGCUCUGCCCGAGGACGGUGCGGGGUGGGUGGAGGUGUACAAAGUUAGAGGGUCGAAGAAGGGGGAGGAGGGGAGAGUGGAAGUACUAGCCAUUAGACCAGCCUCAAUUGCGGCUCGAGCAGCUGUCGAACAACGCCAGCAGGAGGAGCAGGAGGGAAAGGGAGGAGGGGGGUUGCAGUGGACUGUUCCAGCACAUCUCAACGUCGAUGCUCUCAAAUGGAUAGAUUAG